ACCCCGGCGGUCUGGGCCCGCGCGCGUCGGGGCUGCUCCCGGGAGGCCCGCGGCGCGGAGGCCGGGGGCGGCCGCUGAGCGUGGCGUCCUCGCGGCUCCGGGGCCGGCAGCCCCUCGCCUUCCCCAGCGAGCGAGCGAGCGAGCGUCCGCCGCCGUGCGCUCCCGCCUCAGCCGCCGCCGCGGAGACCGCCCAGCCGAGACCGGCCGCAUCGCGGAGGCUGCAGCGCGCAUUUGGUCUCGGACGAAGUUGACCGAGGCGGCUGCUGCAGCAUCCCCGGUCCGGAUCGCGCGAAGCCCGGCGUAGCCUCUCCUCCUGGCUCACCCCUGCGUCUCCCGCGUGUUCCACUUUCCGGCUCUGCUAUUGUUACAGACUGUUUCCUGCUGGCUACCCUGCCUCUGAAACUUAAAAAGAAAGUGUUGGAUUUGCCCUUGUUGGAACUGAGGAAUUCAGACCAUCUCUGGGUAGCCGGAUCUAACCCACUCCGUGUCCCCUUUUGGUACCAAAGUGCUUACUCCUCUCCAAAGUGCCAUUCCUGAGCUGUUAACGGGAGGAAGGGGCUCCUGAGACGCGUCCGCACCUUUGCACCUGUCUUUGCGCUUCGCCUCUCUCCGCCACCUUCCCGGCUGAAGCAGCACCGAGGGAGCCCCCUUUGGAUGUUCUCCGUGGAAACCGCUUCUCCGAGACUGGAGCGCUGAGGCUGGUUUUGGGGAGGAACACUAGACUUGGAGGAGUCUGCGCGCUUUUCUCCUGCCCGCGCCUCCGGGGCCCCGUGCUCGCUCCUCCGCCAAACCCCACCCCACCCACUUCCUGUGCGCGCCCAGGGGGCGUGUGCCGAGCGGCUGCCGGAGUUCUGGGAAGUUGUGGCCGUCGAGGAUGGGGGUCUGUGGGUACCUGUUCCUGCCCUGGAAGUGCCUCGUGGUCGUGUCUCUCAGGCUGCUGUUCCUUGUACCCACAGGAGUGCCCGUGCGCAGCGGAGAUGCCACCUUCCCCAAAGCUAUGGACAACGUGACGGUCCGGCAGGGGGAGAGCGCCACCCUCAGGUGCACGAUUGACAACCGGGUCACCCGGGUGGCCUGGCUGAACCGCAGCACCAUCCUCUACGCCGGGAACGACAAGUGGUGUCUGGACCCCCGCGUGGUCCUCCUGAGCAACACCCAGACCCAGUACAGCAUCGAGAUCCAGAACGUGGACGUGUACGACGAGGGCCCGUACACCUGCUCCGUGCAGACGGACAACCACCCCAAGACCUCCCGGGUGCACCUCAUCGUGCAAGUAUCUCCCAAAAUUGUAGAGAUUUCUUCUGAUAUCUCCAUCAACGAAGGCAACAAUGUCAGCCUCACCUGCAUAGCAACGGGUCGACCAGAGCCGACGGUUACUUGGAGACACAUCUCCCCCAAAGCUGUGGGCUUUGUGAGCGAAGAUGAAUACUUGGAGAUCCAGGGCAUCACGAGGGAGCAGUCGGGGGACUAUGAGUGCAGCGCCUCCAAUGAUGUGGCUGCCCCAGUGGUGCGGAGAGUCAAGGUCACCGUGAACUAUCCUCCAUAUAUUUCAGAAGCUAAGGGGACAGGUGUCCCCGUGGGACAGACGGGGACGCUGCAGUGUGAAGCCUCCGCGGUUCCCUCGGCAGAAUUCCAGUGGUACAAGGAUGACAAAAGGCUGGUUGAAGGAAAGAAGGGGGUCAAAGUGGAAAACAGACCUUUCCUCUCCAAACUCAUCUUCCUCAACGUCUCUGAACAUGACUAUGGGAACUACACGUGUGUGGCCUCCAACAAGCUGGGCCACACCAACGCCAGCAUCACACUGUUCGAGCUAAGUGAGCCUACAAGCUCAACUUUGUUACAAGGCCCGGGCGCCAUCAGCGAAGUGAGCAACGGAACGUCGAGGAGGGCUGGCUGCGUUUGGCUGCUACCUUUUCUGGUUUUGGUUUUGCACCUACUCCUCAAAUUUUGAUGUGAGUGCCACUUUCCCCGCCGGGGAGAAGCUGCCGUCACCACCGCCACCAACACAUCAGCCACGGCGACCAAGAGCAACGCGAGCAUCCCCGUUCUAAAGCAGAUACAAUCCCACGAAAUUCAGAGCCUAAGGGGACACAAAUUCGAGGGAGGGGAACAGAGAAUACUUUGGGAAAACAGGUUGAACAAGGACAUUGGAAAUCGCCUUGCAGAUACGUAGGUACAGCUGAGUUUUCUUUCUUUUUCCAAACGGGAAGAAUGCACGCGGCUUUGGACCCACCCGCAAGCUGCAUGGCGUGACCUCCGUUACCAGUCGGGCAAGGGCUCAGCCGCUCUGCCCACCACAGUGCCCCCCCCCCCCAAGGAAAGUUCUGGAGUCGGCCACCCCAGAUUCAGUCAGUAGAGAAGAACUCAGAGGGAGGCUUGCAGGCCCAUUCCUGAACUGUGUCCCUAUUGUGUGUGUGAUGAAACGCAGCAACAAAAAGAUAAAUAAAAAGGAAAA